AUGAGCACUUCUCGUCAGCAGGCCAUCCCUCUCCCUGCUCAUACAUCGCCGGUCUCGACCCACACAGCCCCAUCGCCAGCUCAGAAGAAUGCGCACCGCACCUACCCCGACAUGCUAAGCUCACCACCAGUUCCUCCCCCGAGGACCUCGUCUGCCCAUCAUAGCCGUCGCAGCCCCAACGGGUCGUCAACAGAGAAAGGCAGCUCGCGACACAAGAGUCGAUCCGACCGCAAGGAAUCCCGCGACCGAACCCGUGAGGAUCGCGGGGGGAAGAGUCGAUCGCGACGACCGGACCCGCUCGAAGAAACAACACGGGAAUCGGGCAGGUCACGAGGAGCACCUCUGGUUUCGAAUCCCCCGGAGCCCGGCAUGGAAGACAUGUAUGGCCCGGAGUUGGUGAAGGAGUCCAGCGCAGUGAUCAACUCGGUGCAGGUCAGCGAUCCUGUUGUGGACCGAGAGAGAGAGCAAAUGCGACAGGAGGGCGGCUCACCUGCCGCUGCUGCAGCCGUGGAGGCCACCACCGCCAACUACGGCGGAACUGGAAAUGAAGGUGUGGAGGAGGGCGCUCGCACUGGGCAUCGCAGCCGACAUGACUACAGCAAUAACGGGAACAAUCUCAAGCGCAAGGAGACGACGUUCGGCUCGUACAUUCUGGGCCAAACCCUCGGAGAGGGGGAGUUCGGCAAGGUGAAGCUGGGCUGGAAGAGGGACGGUAGCAUUCAAGUCGCCAUCAAACUGAUUCGCAGAGAAUCUCUCGGAACCAAUCCCAGCCGACUGCCCAAGAUCUACCGCGAAAUCUCGAUCUUGCGCGACCUCGCCCACCCCAACAUUGUCCGCCUGCAUGAGAUGGUGGAAACCGACCGUCACAUCGGUAUUAUUAUGGAGUACGCGUCGGGAGGUGAACUCUUCGACUACAUUCUGAACAACCGUUAUCUCAAAGACAAUUCGGCUCGCCGAUUGUUCGCACAAUUGGUCUCGGGUGUGGGCUACCUACACAAAAAGGGCAUUGUCCACCGAGAUCUCAAGCUCGAGAACUUGUUGCUGGACAGAAAUCGGAACAUCAUUAUCACAGAUUUCGGAUUUGCCAACACCUUCAAUCCGGUGGAUCCAUUGGAGGAGGAGAUCGAGUACAAUCUCACCAACAAGGAAUAUGUCAAGCGCAAGCGCCUGGAUAGACUGGGCGCGGAUGGGCUGCGUCGCGGUGAUUUGAUGCAGACGAGCUGUGGAAGUCCUUGCUAUGCGGCGCCGGAACUGGUUGUCAGUGAUUCGCUGUACACUGGUCGCAAAGUCGAUGUCUGGAGCUGCGGUGUGAUUUUGUACGCCAUGCUGGCCGGCUAUCUGCCGUUCGACGACGAUCCAGCCAACCCGGAUGGUGACAACAUCAACCUCCUUUACAAAUACAUCGUCAGCACUCCCCUGACCUUCCCUGAAUAUGUCACACCCCACGCCCGUGAUCUCUUACGACGAAUUCUGGUUCCCGAUCCCCGGAAGCGUGCCGACCUGUUUGAAGUUGCUCGCCACAGCUGGCUGAGUGAGUAUUCGCACAUUGUGUCGCAUAUCACCAGCAGCACCACCAAUGUAGCAGACAUUGUCAACGCAACAGUACCGGCUGGUAAGAUCCUGGAAGGCCCAUGGAAUCAAUAUUGGGAUUCUCAAUCAGAUCGGCUGACCCAUUCCUUCACUCCAGAACCCAAGAAUGAAGCGCCAUCGCUUGCUCGCAGUGCUUCCGUUCGCGAACCACCCAAGACCAGCCAUAGCGCGGUUCCCGCCGUGGGUGGUCUCAAUCACCAUGCUGGCGAUAUUUCGCAGGGCUCGCCCAGCGACAAGUCGAAGACGUCCCGGGAUGCUAAGCGGAGAACAGUGCAGGUGGAAUAUGUUGCCCCCCAGUCGCAAACCACCAGGGGAGAGUACCAGGAGACUUCGGAAUCGCGCAGCCGGGGAACUGCGAAACAAGACGAACCCCAAGCGCCCAUGCCACCGGCGAAGGACACAACCACUCCGACCGCGCCGAAGCCACCGGUCAACUACGACAAGCCAUUGCCCACACACUUCCCACGAUCCACUUCGGACAAUGCCGCAUUCACUGGAACGCACACUAGCACCACCACGGGGCCCUCAACUACCCGGCCGACGACGGGUGGCUCUAUGGCCUCCUUCCACACUGGUCGUCUGCCCUCUCGAGGCUCCUAUGGCCAGCCGGUGGCUCCCAUGGUCACUGCUACCAACACCGAGGGCCGUCUUGCUCAGCCAAAGAGUGGACAAUUCUCCCUUGCACAAAACCCUGCACAGGCAUCCAGUACAUCUAUUGGCCGCCCCAGCACCCAGCAACUGCCGUCGGCAUUCAACCCGACUCCGCGACAAGAACCCCCCAAGGGCCACAAGCGCUCAAAUACCGUUUCCAGCAUUAGCGAAAAGCUCUUCGGGCGCCCUGGGUCUAUUCUGGGAGGGCGCAAUGCGCAGUCCAACGCUGCUGGUCGCGCAGACCGCCAGAACAAGCGGUACCCGCCAACCAGCAUGAAGGAGUCUUUGCCUCGGGAAGAUUCCCGUGUUUCUAUGGAUUCUCGGCGGUCGAUGCAAUACUCACACAGUCGCAAGGCUAGUCAAGCUGGUGAUGGUCGACCCCGUCGAUUCUCCCUCCUCCCGCCCUCUUUCUCAUUCCGGACUUUCUCAUCUGGCCGAGUCCAGACUCCAGAGGAGGCAUCCCAGACCCCUCGCACGGUGGAUCCCCACGGGGUGCAACGCCCUGCUACGGGCCCCAUCCAGAGCCGUUCUCGUGCGACGAGCCAUGGAACGCAAGAUGGCAUGGGUCUGGUCAACGAAGGCCCUGCAGAUGAGGUGCACGAGCACAAGGACUCCGACCCCCUGAGCUACGAGGCUCAGAUUGACCAACAGUUCGCUGAGUUGGGAAACCGAUUUGACCAGACACAAGAUUCCUUCGGUGCUAUUUCUUCCGAGCAAGUGUAUCCGAACAAUGACGAUCAGAACUCGGGCCACAACUACACCUACUCGUCCAAGCCGAAUUACUAUGAUGAUUACAACGGCACCUACGAUAACCUGCCUUGCCAGUCGAUGCAAGCUGGUCGGCGUGGAGCGAAUGUCCUGCAGAAGAACCACCGCAAGUUUGCCGAUGCUUACGAGUACGAGCGGGAUGGAUCCCACCAUUCUGGCAGCUCCGGGGCUGCCAGGAAAGUGAUGGACUUCUUCCGCAGACGUGCCAAGUCUCGCGCUGGUGACGACCGGUAG